CAAGACUCUUUAAGAGAUGCAGAAAUGCCCGCAAACACAAAACUCCAACACUAACUCCAUAAACUUGUCUGCGGAGUAUCGCGAGAGCCACGGGUUGCCAUGGUGAUGACAUCACAACAGAAGUACCGACAGCCUCUAAAGUGUCUUUUAUACUCUUUAGAGGAGACAUUACGAAGUAUUUUGGAAUAUAGAAAAGCAAAGGUGAACCAUCCGGUUAAGUAAGAAUACUUUUGAAGUAUUCAGGAACAUGCAAAAAUUGAAGCUGACAGUUGAGAGCCUGGAAAAUGACAGCAAAGAAAUGGAGGAGAGACUGCAACAGCUGAAAGAGCACAUGAGCAAAGAAAAGGAGGAGAGAGGGCUUUCAAGAGGAUUUAAAUGGGCGUCUGGACAACACAUUCCCUUCAACAGCAACUAUCCAGCAAACAAGAAAAAAAAUGAAAAUGUAAUCUAUAAGUCUCAACAGCAAACAGGCAAAGUAAGGAUUCGAGUACUGAAGCGCGAAUCAUUUACAGACCUGCUUCAGCCCCCCCCUCCACGUUCUGUUGGUCAACUGACAGUGAGAAGAAACAGAGUAAAGGAAACGAUCUGUGGACCCUGUGAGGUGAAGACUGCAGGGUUGGUGCUGAUGGUGAGCGAUGAAGAGGAAAAGGACAUGGAAGUGAUUGAAACUGCAGUUAGAAGACAACCUUCCUGUCUUCUUGAUGGAAACUUCAGUGAGGAGGAGUCGGCUAGAUAUUUUCAGGAGGCUUUGAAACAAUGGAGAAGAGAGAGGAGGGAUGGAAAAGUACAACCCAUGGAUGCAACUUUAACUCUUCAAUCAGCUAUGGCGACCCAGGUCGACCUCCUUCCAGACAGAAAAGCUGAAAAACGAAGAGGAGGGGAAGAAGAGACUCCAACCGUCAGCGUUCAGUUCACACAAAACAAGCUCACCUACAUGGACAGAUUGCUUCUCAAGAAGCACCGCAGGACACCAACUGAAAAUCCAACUCCCUUACUGAAUGAUGAAACUAAAUUAAAAUUACUACCUGAUGAAGAUCCUGAGGAAGACGCUGUUUGCACCUUCACAGCCGAGGAAGAGGAUCUUCAUAUCUAUUUUGCAUCACUGUUUGCUCCCCCUGACAGCAGCAGCAGGACAAAGCCGCAGAUUGUUGCACCUGAACCGUGCUUUGUCAUACAAAUCUUGGAUGAGACAAACAUAGACACAACUAGAGAAUGUGUUCAAGAGCAGAAGACAGAUAAUAGAAUGGUUUCAUUGGUUCAUCAGAUCUCUGAGACAAGUUUGAAAAGUUCGGAUUCCGAAUCAGCUCAGUCUUCCUCUACAAAACAGCCAUUCAAAGCUGUCACACCAACACAACACAAAACAGGAAGGAAGCUCAAUCCUACACAACUGCAGGAUGUGGCUUUUGAGUACAGCAAGUCACACAUCUCAGAAGAUCGUCUUCUACCUUUGACACCAGGAUCUUUUCCCCUAAGGUCUACUUUCACAGUCUCACCACCAAGUUCCACUGAGUCAGCCUUAUUGCCCAACAUUUUCUUUCCGAGCCCGCAAACAAAAUCUGAAUCUUAUGUCUUCCAAGAACUAGCCUCUCCUACGAAGCUUUUGGAAGCACCAAGAGACAAGCUUAUGUCCCCACGCCAUGUUAAACAAUUUAAGAGUGGCCCUGAAAAUCAACUUUUGGAAGAUCAAUUAACACAUGUGCCAUGCAUGCCUGCCGGAAUAGACCCAACCCCCACUACCCUGGAACCAGUUCGAUCAAUAACAGGUCCUGUGCCAUGUCCGUUACACAAGCAAUACUUCCCUAAGUCCAUCCCUAGAUAUGGAGAGUCUCCUCUUUGUACAUCAUCUACUCACAUUUCUGAUGACUUAAAAACUAAUCAAUCAAGUCAGAACACAGACUUCAUUGCAUCACCUCUUUUAAAUAUCGGCGCCAAUACUGUCAAAAUGGAAGAAGAAUUGGAGCCAUCAGCAGACAGUGGAGAUGAAUUGUCCAGUGAUAGCCUGAGUCUGGCUUUAUUUGAAGAAGACUCCUCAGGCGUGGAAACACAGAUCCAAGGACAUUUAACAACAAAGAAACUGAAGGAAAAGCAGAGCUCUGCGAGUUGUUUUCAAGAAGACUCCUUUAUUCCUGCAGAGCCUGAAAAAGAGAAGGAUUUGCUUACGGAUAAGCCAGAACGACUCAUGGUGAUGCAAAGCCAGAGUGUUGGGACUGGAUCACAGCACUUCUGUGAUCUGAAUGGGUUUUCGCCUCUAGGUUUGGAUGUGGAUACUUGUUACACCCAUUCACCAGAGCAGCCCUUCUGCAGCAGACAGUCUUCACUGCAUGACUUGAACCCAACAGACUCUCCUGUAGUUCCGUUGGAGGAACCCAUGCAGCUGGGUCGUGGUCGUUUAUCCCCCUUUGAGCGCAGACGACGGUUAGCGGCGGUGUCUGUGACUGACGUGUUCAACAAAUCCGCACCUGUUCCCUCUGGAACUGUAAUCACAACCUCGAGACCUCCUUCUGUACCAACCCAUUCAUUUUCUCAGGCAGCAAAGGAGAUCAUGGAGAUCAGUAACAUGGACCUGACAGGAUGUGAGGAUCCAGAUGUAGAUGCUGACACCGUUGCACGUAUUCUACAGAGUCUGGAGCAGGAACUAGAAGCUACAACAAAGGGCACUUAUUCUUUGUUAUUGGAUAUUGGAAACAGUGGAGGUCAAAAUCAAGAUUCCAAGCCCUGCUUCGUUUGGGGUGGGGUCAGCGAAGAAGAAAAGAAGAAUGAAGAGGCUGCAAAUAGAGACAGAGAGAGUGUCUUCCUGCUACCAUGAGUAAUGUGCACUCAUAAAAGUCAUCCAAGACAAAGUCAUAAGUAAAGUCACAUUAUAGGGUUGAAUUGUGUUUAUCCAGAGCGAAUGUCUUUCUAUAUUAAAACUUGAUCUAUCAACAAAUGGUUGUUGUGCAGACAAACGAGCAUAUAAAUGUAAGAAUUGGAAAAAAAUAUAUAUAUAUUGCUGAAAAGCAUAAAAGCUGUAUUGAUUCAUGAUUUGUCUUCUUUAUUAUGCUUUCCGUGCUCUGUGUUUGUAUUAGUCAUAUAGGAGCAGAAGCUGUGAGAUGCAAGCCGGUGGGUGAAUUAAAUGAAGGUAUACACCAGUGGGACAGGAAGAGGAUGAGGAGGGGAAGGGGAAGACAAAUGGGGAAUUUGCCCUUUGUCUCAGCCGGAUUCUGCUCGAAUCCCCUUAAUGGAGUGUAUGUGUAGUCUGUGAGACACAACUUUAAGGGCAGACGAUCAGGGGCAGCUGGCUGUGGUGCCAAUUUUACCUCCAGGGGUUUGGGAAAAACAUUUUUCUUGGUCGAUGCCAGUUUGUUUCUUAAUAAGGCUUGGAUGUCACCAGAUCAGGUCAUGCUGUCUCGACAUGCAUGCACUUCUAGGAGGCUCCUGCCGGUGACAAAUUACGGUUGUAAGGCAGGGAAAGGCCCUGUAGUCGCUGCUGCCAUGUCUAAAGAUGCGUGUGCAGAUAAAGAGGAGGAGAAACACCACAUCCUGCAUCUGGCUUGUUUGCGUCUCUGGUGUGCAUGUUUUCCUCAGUCGGAGUUUGUGUUUUCCAUUAUUUCCCACAGUCAGUUCUAAUCUAUUAUGGCCACCAAUGUCCUCAACUGGGAUCAUAACCUAACAUCUGUCUUGUUUUAUCCAACUAAUUCACAUUUGACUAUUAAACAAAUGUAAACAAGUCAAAAGUCCCUUUUUAACUCAUAAUUAAACUCAAAACAAAACUGGAAUUUAAUCCAGUUUAACUAGCUCCAGUGUUCGUCGCUUCCGAUGAGCAGUGGAGGAAAAGUCCAGGCUAAUGUUCCAGUGUUGUGUGUGAGAUUUCCUACAGCAUUGGUAGGUAGUGGUGAUAACCUGGUCAGGCCAGGCUCUGCUUAGCUCCCCAUUGAGAAUUGAGGAAAAUCCCCAGAUGGAAAAACACCUGGCCAGUGUAAACAAGACCAACAUAUUAAUUCCAUUAUUAUCUUAUUCUUGAAAAAAUAUUAAACUAAUUUUUCACAACAAUAUUGUGCAUAUUCAUCAAUAAUAAACUUCAUCUGAUUAAUCACACAAAUUUCAACGCUUCCUUUGAAACAAGCUUCACAAUAGCACUCAUGUACACGAUCAGAGUUCAUUAUCAGAGUACUCACAAGAAGAAUUCAUAAAUAAAUACAAGUUUUCAACUAUUUUAAAGCUCACUAACAGACAGAGCAUCAGUCACCAGUUAACGUUUGUGGCUAACCUUGAUGCCUCCAUGGUAAUCAGUUGUAAAUCAGUGGUGUUUUUUCCAUGCAUUGUUUUUGGAGACAAAUACACCCAGCAAGUUGAUGGUGACGUGUCAAGUUAUUAAACGGAGAUCGCAAGACUUCCCAAAUGCAAGUGGGGUGGGGGGUUAGGGGGUAUACCAAAGGAACAGUGCAUAUAAAAUGUGUGGGUGACAUCUGCGAAACAGCUUCUUCAGUUGGUUUUGUUGAGUGUCAGUGCCUAUGUCCAUCCCCUAACUUAUUGACUGCAGGGAUAUAAGGGCCUUUUAUUUGUCCAAACGUUAAUCGCUUAAAGUCGACAGCAAAAUCCCUGAAAUGCACCAGCAAUUACCACAAGACUGAUUGAUAGCACAGAGACAAAGUGAAACAUAUAUAGAGUGAAGAGACAAGAGACGGGGAGAGAUGAAAAGGUAGAUCAUUGUUACUGUGUCCUUCACUGAGUUUAUCACUUAAUGUUUAGGAGGGAGAAACAACAAAGACAUAAAUCUGAUGGAUCUCAAACUACUGGCUUAAGCUUAAACAACUCUACAGCUGUACCUCUUCAUACAGCUAAGCACAAGAGGCGCACAUGCAUGAAGACAGGAAACAACCUGAGCACUGAUAUUCAUUAGAUUUAAUUUUGUGCAUUGUUGAUGUUGUCAAGAAAGUAAAUCUGUAACUAUUGAUCUUUAACUGCUCUAAAUAUCUCUAGUUUUCACUUGUACUGGAAUUCAUAUUUUAUGUUUUGUGCAAAAACUCAGUCCUAUCCAUUGUGUGUGUGUGUGUGUGUGUGUGUGUGUGUGUGUGUGUGUGUGUGUGUUUAUUGAUCAUGUUGUUUUAGUUUUCAGCCAUUUUCUAAAUCCACACCAAGUAACCCUAGUGGCAAAUGAAAUACUCCCAUCCUGCUAAUGAUUUAAAUUAACAUUGCACAAUUGCCUUUGGCAACGGUGCACAGACCUGUGUGCGUUCUUUUCUUGAAAUGUGUCCAAACCUAAUAGAAAACCCCUUUAAAGUUGCUUUAUGCAUGCAUUUAUUUUUGGGGUUUAACGAUUAGGUGACUCAAUCAAUUAAUCAACUUGUUUUCCAUUGAUCCAACCAGAUUGCUCUGCCUGAGGUAAGUUAUUAUUUGAAUCGAUCUAUGGUAUUACAAAAUCAUUUCCCAAUUCUAUUGAUCGUGGGAAAUAAGACACAGUAGGUUUAUUUUACUAUAUCAAAACAAAAAAAA